CUAGGAGGAUUAGCUACUACGAUUUCUUACGGUCGCUUACCUCCUAUUCCGCUAAGUCUUAAUAAGCUACUUAGAUAUAUAAAGGCGAGCCUAGUUCGAAACCUCGCUAUAUACAACUCUACUUUUCUUAUACUCCGGCGUAUAAAGCGGCUUCGCCUUUAUUUUACACUGUUUUAUAAUAGGUAUAAGCGAUCGGAUCUUAUAUUAGAUAACGAUAAAUAG